AUGAAUGAGGAACCUGGAAAUAAUGUUGCUGCAGUGGAUGAUAUAACAGAUGUACACAGUCCAUUAGACGAAUAUUCAAAUUUACAUAAUGAAAAAUCGACAUUACCCAACAAGUCAGGAAAUUCUCAAGAAAGAGCAAUGCAGGAAUUAUAUAAAGAUCCGUCAUUCGCAGUUGUUUGUAGUUUCUUCAAUAAAUUCGGUUCUUUACUUGGAAUGAAGCCGAUAUAUUUUAGCAAAUUGGGAGAAAUGUUCACAAACUUUCAUGAUACCGGAAGAAUUGAUCGCGAGUUGAUUGAUUUACAUUUAACGUUACUACGCAAAUUGAAUUUCAAAUCGGCACGUGUUAACGGUUGGGAAAAAUAUUUAACGAAAUUCUGUCUUGUGGUCCCAUCACUGGAAUCUGAAAUGCUUCAACUGGAGCGAUAUGGAUAUUUAAAUACGCCAGUCAGUACGAAAUUGGCCAUAUUGCGAACUCUUUGUGAAAGCCAAUUUGAUUAUAAUCUUAAAUUUAAAGAAAAUAUCGUAAAUUCGUCUUCUGCAAAUGACCUUCGUCUUUUGCCUGUUGGAGUGGAUGGUGAUGGUUUGGAAUACUGGUACCAGCAAGAUGCAGAUUUAAACGUGAGAAUUUACUGCGAAGAACAAGAUGAUCAGUCUGGUGGCUCUUGGGUUCUUGUUGCAAGUUCAAAAGAAGAAUUUGAAUUUUUAAUCGAAAAAUUAAAGUCAAAUUGUUCCGAAGAAGAAAGAAAAAAAAUCGGAAUUAAUUUGGAAACCUAUAUUGCCUACAAAUCCGAUUCAACCAAAAGUAGCAAAAUAAAUCCACAGUUUUCCAAUAAGCGAGGAACUUUCCUCGAUACUUUCAGAAGUGAAUUUACUGCACUUAAAACUAUCAAUAAUGAAAAAGAAAUUAAAAGAGAAACUCCCAAACAAAAAGAGAAAAUUCAGGAAGUUUCUGAAGAAAAGUUCGACAUAUCUGAUUCUGAUUUUAUUUAUAAAGAUUCCGAAUUUGUGGAGCGGCGUAUUUUACCUCGUAGAAGUGCACGCAAUGCAGCUAUAUCUCAUUUAAAAGAACUGACAGGUGCAAAAAAUAAGUCGAACAACAAAAACGAUCAUAUAAAUAGUAAACAUUCCAGUAAUCCAGGUUCAAAAAAAAUGAAAGAAAACGAGAGUUGUUUCAAGGGUAAUGAUGGCGAUGAAGACAUAGAUGAAGAAGAAAUAAAGGAUGAUUUUUUUGUAUCAGACGAGAUUAGUGAAUCGAAUUCAUCUUCUGAUGACGAAUUCAAACCUUUAUCAGAGAUAAAAAAGGCUUGCAAGAGUCAGAAACAGCGAUCAAUUAGUAAUAAAAAGAAAACUGAUGGUGAUGAAGGGAUCGAUGAUGUUGAUGAAAGUGAUUCUGAAUCAGAUCGAGAUGCAGCAAAGCAAAGGCGGAAGGCUACGGAAGAAACGAAAUGCAUGAAAUGUCAUAAAAGCAGUAAUCCAGAAGUCCUAUUGCUGUGCGAUAUGUGUGAUGAUGCAUGGCACAUAUGGUGUUUACGGCCAAUGCUAUGGUUUGUGCCAGAUGGAGAUUGGUUUUGUCCAAAAUGUCAUCACUUUUUGCUUGUGGAAAAGUUUUCCUUUGUUCUACUCGAACUGAACGAUCAACUAAAGUCAAAGGCUGCAGAUGAUAGAAAGUGA